AUGGACAAGCGGAGGUUGCCGUCCAUCGCGGCUGCGGCCAAGAAGAAGCCCAAGCCAUCGCGCGAAGCAGCGCGGCCGAUCACGGCCUUCUUUCAGCGCGUUGCACCUCCACCGCCACCGCCGACGGUGAUCGAGGAGAUCGACAGCGAUUCGUCUGUGGAGCCGCAGCCAGCCGAGUCUGUACCCGGCGCGCUGCCACUCCAAGAAGUAGGCGCCUCGGAAGAGACUGACGAAGCGCGUCGCCGAUUGAUCCAGAGCAGCCUUGCCGACGGGUUUGAGAAGCAAGCCGACGGGCCCCGAAAGCCACGGGUCCUGCGGCCACCAAGCGCCUUUAAAAUGCUACUGCAGCGUGAGCGCCAAGGUGCCACGAAGCGCGUGGAGCUUCAGCGCAUGCUUCGGAGCACGCUGGCGACGUACGCGACGCUGCCCAUGGGGCUGCGACCCGACAUCCGCCCGCAGCAGUGGAUCAGCACCAUGGCCUUUGACGCCGACGGCGUCAUCCUUGCAACCGGGUCCUCCGAUGGCACAAUUGCGCUCUACGACUUUGACGAGUACUUUUACCAUUUGCUGCAGCAUCGCAACUCGAGCGCCAAGACGCAGCGAGACGUCGCUUCGGUCACGGACGGAGCGCCAGCGUACGUGCCACCAGUGCACGUCAUUUCUACGUCGUCGGAGCUCAAGCGUCUCCGUUGGAACCCCAAAAACCAGGACGAGAUUGCUUGCUCGUUCGCCUCGCGCAAUGAGAUUCAUCUCUUCAACCUCAAGAAGCUGCCGCGAGAGCCGUACCGCAUCCUGCGCACCAACAGCCGUCCGUCGUCGGGCUACUACGACCUCCUCUACACCGUUCUCGGCAACCACGUCCAUGUCAUUGGCGGCGACAACGAAGGCGCGGUUCGCAUGUGGGACAUCAACGUCCCGGCCAAGCCCAAGUGGCAGAUUGCACUGCCGCGUGAGUACGGCGCCGUCAACGCGCUCGUGCUGUGCCAUGACAACCAGCACUUGGUCGUGGGCACCGAGCACGGCUACAUCACAGUCUAUGAUAUCUUCAACCUGAUCACACCAGCGUUUGCGCAGCGGUCGGUGCCCAAGCGGCGCUCGACCAUCGCGCUGCAUGCGCUCGUGCGAGCGCUGCUCGUGCAAGACACGCUCUUAUCGGCGAGUGUUGUCUCGAUGCAGCGCGUGCCCAACACUUCGGCGACGGUCGUUUGCCAGCUGCACAACGACUGGGUCGUCGUCUAUGACGCGUUCGAGGGCCGGAUCUUGAAGCUGCACACGGUCCUUCGCGAGCUUAGUCUGAACCUGGUCCCGCGCGACCCGACCAUCCAGCACGCGUCGUUUCCAUCGGACGCGCUGUUUACGGCGCAGGAUGAUCGAUCCCUGGGCUACUUGCGCUUGCACCGGUGCCGCGGCAGCUUUGUCUUUGACGGCGCGGCGUUCGUGACGGGCCUCGCCGACGACGACAACCUCUACAGACACGUCAUGUGGAUCAUAGACAUGCACACGCACAGCUACGGCGAGCGGCUCCUGACGCUGCCCAGCGUGCAAACGCUGCCCAGCGUGCAAACGCUGCAGCGGUUCCGGAUCCCGACCAAGGUCGUCGUGACGGCCGUGGCCGCGCACCCCGCCUCGAACGUCGUCGUCUGCGGCAUGGAGUCCAACGACCUCAUUAUUGUCGGAGCCUAAGCCCGCGAUAACUCAGUG